UUCCCCCGCCCUGCCUGUGAGUAUCAGAAACAUGGCGGAAAGCGAAUUGAACGUUGACAGCCUCAUAUCUCGACUACUGGAAGUGCGAGGAUGUCGUCCAGGGAAGGUUGUACAGAUGACAGAGGCUGAGGUAAGGGGGCUCUGCAUCAAGUCCAGAGAGAUUUUCCUCAGCCAGCCGAUCCUGCUAGAACUGGAGGCUCCACUCAAAAUCUGCGGUGAUAUCCAUGGACAAUACACAGACUUGCUGAGGCUAUUCGAGUAUGGAGGCUUCCCACCUGAGGCCAACUAUCUGUUCUUGGGGGAUUACGUGGACAGGGGGAAGCAGUCGCUGGAGACCAUCUGCCUGCUUCUCGCCUACAAGAUCAAAUACCCAGAAAACUUUUUCUUGCUAAGGGGGAACCACGAGUGUGCCUCCAUCAAUCGCAUCUACGGCUUCUAUGACGAGUGCAAGCGCAGGUUCAACAUAAAGCUCUGGAAGACCUUCACAGACUGUUUUAAUUGUCUGCCCAUUGCUGCGAUUAUUGAUGAGAAGAUUUUCUGCUGCCAUGGAGGGCUCUCACCUGAUCUACAGUCCAUGGAACAAAUUCGGCGCAUUAUGAGACCCACGGAUGUCCCAGACACAGGCUUGCUGUGUGACUUACUGUGGUCAGAUCCAGAUAAAGAUGUCCAGGGCUGGGGGGAGAACGAUCGGGGAGUUUCCUUCACCUUUGGGGCCGAUGUGGUCAGCAAGUUUCUCAACCGUCACGACCUGGACCUCAUCUGCCGAGCACAUCAAGUUGUUGAAGACGGCUAUGAGUUCUUUGCCAAGCGACAGCUGGUAACGCUGUUCUCUGCCCCCAACUACUGCGGGGAGUUUGACAAUGCAGGUGGCAUGAUGAGUGUGGACGAGUCCCUUAUGUGCUCCUUUCAGAUCCUGAAGCCGUCAGAAAAAAAAGCAAAAUACCAAUACGGAGGGGUGAAUUCAGGACGCCCUGUCACCCCACCUCGCACCGCUCAGGCACCAAAAAAGAGGUGAGCGGCUGGCCCUGACUCUCCUGCUCCUCCCCCGGCUAAUCAGUGGCCUACGUUCCUGCAGGCUGCCUCAAACACUCCAGCCUUCUCUCAGUCAGCUUGUUCAUUUGUAAACAAAAACAAAAAAAAAAACUCCAGGAGUGUCUUUUUUGCUUGUUCUGUGGGUAUUUUUAUGAACUUGUGUGUGAUAUUUUUCAAUUUCUUAUUUGAUGUCAUGGUCUGCAUUAACUCAGCCCUGCUACUAGCUCCAUUCAGCAAUAUUUAAACCAAACUCUUGUGGAAUGGGCAAGAUGUUAAGAAAAGAUGCUUCUCUUCCUUCACAUUAACAAUUUUCAUAGUGAUAAUGUGAAUGCAUGCACGCUUGUGAGAUUGCGACUGGUUCUUUGCUCUGGCCAAUGUAAAAUCCAUAAAUUCUCACCGACAACUAGGCUAAUUGUUUCUCGUCCUACUGCCAUUUCCCACUAGAAGUUCUACACUGCUUAAUUGAAUAGUUUUACAUUUUGGGAAACAUGCUUAUAUACCUUCUUAAAAGGGUUAGAUAAGGAAGUCAGGAACAUCAGCUGCUGACUAACUUAGCUUAACAUAAAGACUGGAAACGGGGAAACAGUUAGUCUGGUUCCGUUAUCUGUAACAACAUCCACCUACCAGAAACACAGUGUUUGUGUUGCUGGUAUCAAAUUUUUUUUUGUACAGAGUAAAUAAACUUGAAUAACAAACAUGAAGCAUCAUCUUCUUAUCUACAUAAACUCUUGGCAAGAACACAAUUGAACAUAUUUUCCAAAAUGGACAUUUCUUUAAAGAAUUGCAAGUUAACGAUUGCCAUGACCUUCGACUAAAGAAUGUUUUAUCCUCAAAGAGAUAUCAAUAAUAUCCAGAUAUUUUGAUGAUAUAAAAAUGAAUAUUGCCAAAAUAUUGCCAUUUGCAAUGAUAAUUGUGUAAAAGCCAAUAAAGCCUAUUUCAACCUAUUUGAAAGUUCACAGCCAUCUAUGCUGUACCUUCCCUUGGACAUUCAUAUUUUAUUAGAUGCUCAAAAUUAGAUCCAUUUUCUUUAUCAAUCUAAUGACUGAAGGGGCAAGUGCAGAAUGUCCACUGUGGUUAGAAUAACCAGAUGAAAUAGUUUUAAAUUAUUAUUUUCAGUUCUGAUGUAAAUUCUGUAUGUGGGAACCAAACAUCAGUAAGGCAAGUACAGUAGGUGUGUAGAAAAGUAGACAGAUAUGACAAACAUGGCGGAAUGGCAAAAUUGUGUUACAGUACAGGAUUUAAAAGUAGUCAGUACAUUCAUGCUAACAGCAGUAGAUGUUGACCUCUCAUACACUGAACAUUGUUGCCUGUCACAAUAACAACUUAUGUUGGACAAUGUAUUUUCCCAGAAAUAAUUGCGAUAUACCAUUUUAUUGUCUUAUUAUAUUAAUAUUAUUAUAUUGUUAUUUUAAGAUACUUUUAUGCCACUCGUAUAAUGAUAAUUUAAUAGCAUACACCCUUUCAAAGAGCAAUGAACUUAAUUCACACACUGCAGAAGUCUUGUAAUGAAAGGGAAAACCCUGCUGUUUAUUCUUGCAUCAUGUUGGCUAAAAUGUUGAUCACAUUCUUAUGUAAACAUGCAUGUAAACAUAACGUGGAAUAUUGAGGUCAGCAAAAAUGAUUGAGUUCAUGUCAAUUUAUCAUACCAUAAGUUGACAACGUAAAAAGUAUUGAAGUAAUGUCCAUAUAUUGUAUAAGUCGUUAACGUGAUUAUCGCAUCAGGCCUACUUAAUUGCAUGACAUUGUAAAGAGGUCAAAGUCAUCAAGGCAAGACGAUGUUUUUUUGAUUAUUGUUGGCUAGUUAUAUUGGUUUUAUAUUUCCAACUCCUUAAUGAACACUGAAGCAACAUAUUUUUUAUUUAUCUAAAUCUUGCCUUUUGACUUGUAAAUCUAUUGGUCUUCAAGUUAGAAACAGUAUGUUCAGAUGUUUUGAGAUUUGUACGAGUUUGUUUGAAACGAGUGAAAUAAAAGGUGUUGAGCCUG